AUGACCGACUCUCGGCCACCGCGCUCGACCACUACCUCAUUUCCUGGCCAGACCUCCCCUCGCCGCAAUCACCCCUUGGAGAAUGGAUCGGGUGCUUCACAAACAGCUGGCUCCAGCCAAUCAAACUCAUGGACGGACGAGAAGUUUCUAUUGACUCCUCCUGUACAAACGAACACAGUCAAUCCUAUCGACCAAGCCUUGACUGAGCAGAAUAUCAAAGCCUUUCAAGCAAACAACCAGGCAUUCCAGCAAAAUUCACACAUCAAUGUCUCUCCCGCGGCGGGACACGGACUCAGCAUCCACCAACAUGACCCGUUACAUAGCCUCAGCGGCCUGCACAUUCGAACAGACGUUGCUGGUCCAAGAAGAUCCGGGUCCACCUAUUCCGUUGAGUCGGAAUCACGUCUGCGAUCAAGUACUUCGGCAUCCAGUCUGCCACGACGGGCCCCGAGUGUGAGAAACUUGUUACACUCCUCGGCCGGUUCCGUCUCCCCUGGCACUGUCAUUUCUUCUCCUCAAAUCGCUGCCAUGCUAGACAUCACUCCAUUACCAUCCCCAACCAUGGCUGCGUUCGAGUCGUGGAAGGCAUUGUCAAGAAACCGAUCACGUGCUUCCUCGGUCUCAUCGAUCAAAGAUAUGCCUCCUCCAGCAUACCCGACAUCCAAUCUAUCUCCUACAUCUCCACGUCGCAAGGGUUAUCCCGGACUGCAGCCUGCUUCUAGGCCAAGCACAUCCGAUGGGCAAGAAAGCAGCCUCGACGACCCGCGUACUCGAAGUGUAAGUGAUUAUGUGCCCGAAACCCUGGUUUCCCCAAAGCCACGGAACAUUGCCGUGUCUACAUCUGUGAGUUCACCAGACAAAAAUAAAUCUCCGCCCAUGCUCCGUGAAGAAUACUUAGGUGUUCAACGAGGCGUCGUUGAAGCCUCAGCAGCCUCUACAAGUCCACCAAGGAUCCCAGAGAACCAGGAAAUGCAGAUCAGCCACGACGAGGAACCUCUGGCCAAGCGGCCCCGACUUGAGGUGUUUCAUGCGAAGAGCAUCAACACGGGCGAGCCUCGAUCGUACGAAGCAAUACGAUUGCUAGGCAAAGGCACUUUUAGCAAAGUUUAUCUAGCUGUUCGACAGGUCGGCGACCGCAAGGAUAGUGUAGACUACCGUCAAGACAGUAUCAAUAUGGCGGGUGUUCGAGCAAGGUCGAGGCGAUUAGUGGCUGUCAAAGUGGUGGAACACGGGCCAGCGGGCGGUGCCGAUGCAGAGAGAAUAGAGAUUGGACUCAAGCGUGAAGUGGACCUUUUGAAAGCUGUCCAGCAUCCAUCACUUGUGCAUUUGAAGGCAUUCGGCAAUGACGGAAAUCUACGGGCGCUUUUAGUGAUGAACUAUUGUCCUGGAAAUGACCUGUUUGAAGUUGCGAGUAAGAAUCGUGAUGUGUUGGUCCCAUCACUGGUCAGAAGAAUAUUCGCAGAGUUGGUUUCCGCGGUCCGUUACUUGCACCAAAAGUUCAUCGUUCAUAGGGAUAUCAAGCUGGAGAACGUUUUACUGAACAUUCCAGUUCGGGUGCAUCCAGAUGUAUCUGAUUGGCAGAAGCUGGACAGAGCGGUGGUGACCUUGACUGACCUCGGACUUUCGCGACGGAUCCCCGAACCGCCCGAGAGUCCGCUUCUCAGUACGCGAUGUGGAAGUGAGGAUUAUGCGGCUCCAGAGAUCCUGAUGGGCCAACCAUACGAUGGACGACAGACCGAUGCGUGGGCAUUGGGUGUACUUUUAUACGCGCUGAUGGAGGGACGAUUACCAUUUGACCCUUUACCCGGAGCUCGAGGCGACCCUGCAGUCCUACGAGCACGAACGCCACAUCGGAUAGCACGCUGUGAAUGGGCAUGGGUCAAAUAUGGAGAUGAAGACGGCGAUUGGGACAGUGAGAAAGGCCAAGAAUUCGAAGGUGCCAGGAUGUGUGUCGAUGGGCUGCUGAAACGGAACACAAGACGCAAACCUAUGAAUGAAAUUCGUGAAAUGAUCUGGGUUCGAGAUGGAAUCCAGGUAGACGGCGGUCUUAGGUGGGUGGAGGAGGAAUCUCUGUGA